AUCUAUCUGCCGGGAGUUGUCAAAAUCUACUGAGGUGGUAAGAGUAGGCUAUUCAUCUUCAUGUUGAAUUCAAAUUCCAUGGAGAGAUACCGUUGUCUGUCGUUAUGUGUAGCUUAAUAAAACAAAGUCUACAUAUUACAUUGUCAGUUCACUGAAUUGCUCAGGAAAGAUUUGUACAUUGCUUCUACAGUAUCAUUAUCGUUACAUGGCUUACUUCAGUGGUCAAUCCCCACACACAUAGUAUCGCACUCUCCUGUUUAUCACAACUUUCUGCAGCAACGUUCAUGUAAAGCUGAGAUUUUAUAUUUUGCGUCUUUCUUAGAAGGCCUUUGUUGGCAACUAGACGUUACCUUGCUAUAUUAAAAAUCAGACUGAGUACCCUAAUAUGAUACUAUUUCCCAGUAAUAAUGUUGGCUGAAACUUACGAAUAUUUGCGGCAAUAUGACUGACAGUGAUGUAUUCUGGGCUAUUAACUAGAACCAAUAACAGGUAGGGUAUAAAAUUUUUAUACCGAUAAAAAUCACGGUUACGGUGGGUAUAUUUAUCAUGAUGCAUCGUCGACUUUUAGUUUGAUUCUUUACGCUCGCCACCAGCCACGAAAUGGCAUAUACCUUGUAUCAGACAGUAUUGAAGUCGCAAAGCUACUUCAUUCAUUAAGUCCGUUCUCAUUCUGCUAGUUGUUUUAGAUUCUACUGUAACCUACGGUUUUGGAAAUUAUUGUUCAACAGUGUCCUGCGUACAUGAUAUUUCAAUCGAUUUCAUGGAACAUGUUUAGAAAUUACGUCUUCUUGUAGUCAUCUGUGACGCGUAAAUAUCGGCCAAUCACAAAGCUAAGUGUUGCGUCAUCACGAAGCGACCAAUGGGAGUGUUCGGGAGUUCCUAUGUAUGUGAAUGUCCACGCGCCAUGUUGAGAAGGAAAUUAACAAAGCUGCAAGGAGGAAGGAGAACAUCGGUUCGGCGUGUUUUAACACCUUUACCACCACCCGGAACGUCAUGGCUGACCCGGAGAAGCAGCCCGAACAACCGAAGGCUGUAGUACAACAAAAGCACGUACUAGCAACCAAAGUUACCGGGACUGUGAAGUGGUUCAAUGUAAAGAGUGGCUAUGGAUUUAUCAACAGAAAUGACACCAAAGAUGACGUUUUUGUCCAUCAAUCUGCAAUCGCCAAGAACAAUCCACGCAAAGCUGUACGCAGUGUAGGGGACGGCGAAGUAGUGGAGUUCGACGUGGUGGUGGGCGAGAAGGGCAACGAGGCUGCGAACGUGACGGGACCUGGCGGCGAACCGGUGAAGGGCUCUCCCUAUGCCGCCGACAGGAGGCGUGGCUUUCGCCACUGCUACUACCCGCGCCGUGGCUGUCCACCCGGCGUUCGUGGAGGCGGGCCCCCCGGCAUGAGGAGAGGCCCUCCUCCACAGCGAGAUGAUGGAGAUGCCCCAUACGUUACGGGCCAGGACGGAGGUCCGAGGCGAUACAGACCGAGGCGACGUUUCCAGCCCAACUACUACAACAACAGACCGAGGAGACCACUGCCACGUGAUGGACAGGCUCAAGAUGGAGCUGGCGACGGUCGUGAGGGAGACUACGAGCCUGUGGAUGCCGGCAUGGGGGGUCGCGGUGGUGGCCGAGGCCGUGGCGGUCCGCCUCGCCGCUUCUUCCGCCGCAACUUCCGCGGAGGACGUGGAGGCGGCAUUCCGAGGCGUCCCAGGAGCCAGGAUGGCCAGAACGUGAGUGAGAGCGAGGGCCAACCAGUGGGGCGUGCCCCUCGUAGGCGCUACCGGCCGCGCAUGACCCGGCAGUCUCGCGGUGGCGGCUCGGGGGGCAGUGGCCAGCGCACGUCGCAGAGCGAAGGAGAAGGUGCGGCGCAGCCACAGGGUGGCCAGAAUGCGGCCUCUCCCAAGCCCAAGGCUGAGGCGGAAGGCUCUGGUGAGCAGACAGUCGAGCAACCUAGCAAGGCUGAGUCUGGUGGAGAUGCUGCUCCCCCUGCACAGGAGGCCUCUCAGCCAGUGCAGAAUACCACUACAGAAAGCAGUGCUUAAGUCCAUCAGCCAUCGUAGAGAGGGUCAUCUAUUAAGAAAAGUAAUAAAAUUAACAUCCAGUUUUUGUGUUUAGUGCUUGACAUCAAAACAACAAAAAGAAAAAUCACAAAAAAAUGAAAUACAGACCUGAUUUUCAGUUUAGCAUUAUCACCUCCUAAAGAUUGAAGUGUAAGCUAACAUCGUCAACAAGAACUUUGUUUGGGUAGCAUUGAAGAAAACUAUCCAUCUUUUUCGUUUGUUAUUCUACUUGUAAUAGGUUUCACGUGUUGUAAUAGAGAGGCUCAAAAUUGAACCUGAAAUGAAAGGCGAUAUGAUAAAGUCUAGAAUAAUUUCUUAGUGUUUGGUUUUUCGUUUUGUGGAUUUAAAGUUUUCUUUCCUUUUCAUAGUUUUAAAAACUUUCUAUUUAUUACUGUUCAAAAAGUUGUUAGAUAUUUGUUUUGUUUGUUUGAUAUUUUCAGUGUGAGAUUUAUGAAGUUGUUAAUUUUGUAAUUUUUUACUGGUGUAUUGUUGAUAGAUCAAAAUGUUUGUCACAUUGAUAGAUUUGCUAUUAUAAUUUAGAAUUCCUGCAGCCACAUCUCACGAAAGCACAGAUACGGUGACCGUAAUGCCGGAAAAUUUUUAGUAACGUAUUUGUCAGAAUAGCGUGAAAUGUGAUGUGGAAAAAUUAAUCAGGUUUGAUUUUGAGUCUUUGCAUUAUUUCCAAUAACAGUUUAUAACAUAAGCAGGAGGUGAAGACUGUAGCACAUAGCACACGUCCCACACUGGGAGGUAGGCGCCGUAUUUGUCACGGUGCGCACAGAGCACGUGGACGUACAGUUUGAAGCAUUACACUGUUCGGGAAAAUAUCUCAACGAAACUCCCCCAAUUCUCCGGGUCAGCAGUAGAAAAAUUUAGGAAGAUUGAGAAUUUUUCAUAUGCAGCUUACGGGAGUUUGAGGAGUAGUUGGAUGCAAAAAGUUUUGUGGGUGAAAAUCCUUGUAUUGUUACAUAAUGUGAUCCUGGUGCGCACAGUGAGUAUGGCAGAAUCUACCUCCCUACUUUGAAAUGGGAGUCAUUUGAGGUUGGGGUUAAGAUUUUGUUUCGCUUUGUCGACAAAUUUCAACUGAGGUGGCAAGAGUUUUUAAACGGUGUCACCCGCAUCUCUUUAUUUCUGUUAAACGGUGCUAUGUGCUGUCAACUUCCACAAGAUUUAAUGUGUUUUGUAGGGUCAGGCAAAGUUUUUUCUUUAAAGAAACACCUUUAAAAAUAACCAUCCUUUUGAUUCCAUGCUUGUCAACUGAUGCAUGUGUUUUAAUGAAAUUGUAAUUAAUUUAAAAAGAUUUUGGGCAUAUAAAGAUUCACCACUUCAUAACUGCCCAAAAUUUCAAAAUGACAAAUGAGCUAAAGUUUUCCAACAUGUAAAAUUCAUUGGCAUUAAAACUAUUAAGUAUGACUUCAAUAAAAAGGAACAUAGCCAAUGAAUAAAAACUUGUUCAUCCCAUACGUGAGUGUGAUAACAGAAUGACUAAGAUUUGCAUUUGGACCACGUGUGGGAGAAAGUUGCGGCUGGUCACCACCUCUGGUCAGAAAGUUGUGGCCGCUUCUUUCAUUGUAUUUGUCACCUCUGAAGUAAGGUGAGGUAGUAACAGUGCAAAUCGUAAGUGAAGUAAGUCUAUUAAAUGAAGCUUUAAUGAAACACUAAAAUAUUAAUAAAGCAAGCAACGUGUCAGUAUCGACAAAAUUUUUGUGAAAUGGAACAACUUGUCUCGGUCAACUGUGAAUGACUUGGAAAUGAAAUUUCUGGCUGAAGCUGCCAAUUGUAAAUGUACAAACAAGUUACAAAGUAAUUUUUCAGAAAACAUGUGCAUUUUGAAUAAACAAGCCAAAAAAAGUGAAAACUGUCAAA